AUGGAACAGCAAGAAGAGGAACUAAACCACAGCAGACAUGCGCACUUCGCAAUAUCACUCACAAAGAGAAAUAGCAGAGAUUUUGCCAAAGAGGAUGCACGGAAAGCGGUACAUGACGCAAUCAACAGGGCAUAUGAAAAUGCUCUAGCAACUUCUGAUCACAGUGGCUCGGCGAUGGAGGAUGAUUCAAUUGGGUCUUUUUUGGUCAACUUGGAUUCAACUAAUAACUCUCACGAGAAAGCGAUUGAUCGUGGUGUGAGACUCGGGUCUGUAGCGGUGAAUGAGUCGGAACGAUUAGAAUUUCUAAGUUCAAGGCGUCAACUCUUUUUGGAGGAUCCUGAACAGACUCCAGAUAGAACGGGGACCACAGUGUUGUCAGGAAGCACGACCAAAUCCUCAUUGAAGUGGUUUCGUCGUCGAAAAAAGAAGAGGGAGAAGGAGGAAUUGGAAAAGCCAGAAGAAGCCUGGAUGUGCGGAGUAUGUUCCAAGAUGUUUUCAUCAUACAAUGCUGCCGAAAAGCAUGAGGACUAUCAUAUUAAAGAAGUUCUUACUGAUUUGGGUUGGACUGGUGAGGGGAACAACGUAUCACCGAAUUUCUUUGGAAGCAAUGGUAUGUCUUCUCUGAAUGAAAUGAAAAAUUCAGGAGCAAGGAAACGUUCACCCAAGGAGGACAGGAAUCAGAGAAAACAACAGCGAGGCCCUGAUGUCUUACGCCUCUCAUCUCCUAUACGACCUCACAAGAGGGCUACUAGCGUCCAACCAUUUACUCCUGCGCUCAAGCGAAAUAAAGGAGUGGCUCAACGUCGCUAUUCAAACGGCAGCUUCAUCGAUGAAGAGUUGGAAGAUGACGAAUACAAGGUGGCGGCCGGAAUUGGUGUCCCACGAGCAAUGACCCCCAUCCGCGAGGCGGAAGAUCACCGUUUCUUGGAAAACAUCGGUGGACAUGAUGUUGUCCCACUGCUUCUUGCCGAUGAAGCUCUGGUAGAUGUUUGUCGCAAAGCAGAGUCGCUCGGGCUGUUGACCAAUUCGGAACAGGAUGCUGAGUUCGAGAUUGAAUGCCUGGCCAAAGAUAAGGCGUAUUAUGAUCUACUUUUCGAACGACAAACCAAGCGCAAGCGAGAUAGAACCUACCGAUUUCGUAGAGAAGGUACAAGUGCAAUCAGUGUUGUGCAAAAUAAGUUUGUUGAUGCGUAUCAAUUGAUGAAAGAAGGGAAAACAAAACGUGGCAACACUACACUUGACUACUACACCAGAAAACUAAAGGGAAACGACCCAACAGAGCUUGUAAUUGAUCAUACAAGAAACACGCUGUAUGUGAAUGUCAUGGUGAAGGAAUCCAUUAAGGUGGUUCGGCAUGAACUUGAGAGGCUUGCAAAGAAACGAUGGGAAGAGAAGCAAAAAAAGAACGGUGAAGAGACUGACAUUCAGAGAAAACGAUUUCAAAAGUUUCGUGCUGCAGCACAGGAUAAUCUUGUGAAAUUGGCCGGUUAUGCUCUGGCUUCUGAUUUCACACCAAGACGGAUUGCUGUUCAAUUGUCGAAUGAUCUCUAUCGGCUCUUGACACCUAGACUCAAGCGUCGUGGUGUUGUCAUUGAAACUGAAAUCGAAUAUCGCGUCGGUCCAUAUUUUGUUCUGGCUGUCAAUAUCCUCAAUGUGCACUGGAGAAGACUUGUGAGAGUCGCAUAUAGGGACGUCGCAGAGAGACGCGCAAAAUGGAAGAGAGAACAAGAGAGUGAGGAUCCAAAGGAGAAAAAGAAAACAAGAACUGCUGGAAUUGUUGAAACUUGUGUCCGAUUGACGCGAUUGACUAGGAUCGAAGUGCUGGCUCAGGUUCUCGCUUGGAUGUAUCACCUACACUGGGUAGUAUUCACACCUAUUUGCUUUAUCCUGUAUCAGCUCUUUCCGAAGACAUUCCGCACGUACUUUCUAUCCAGCGUCGCAGAUGAGAUCUUCUACUAUGUUGAACAGAAAGGAAUGCAGAUGGACAUCGGUAUUCGUGGAGCUUCGACGCAGGCGGCGUUCAUGCUUUCUGCGUUGCGUGAGAUGAGAGCCGACGGACGAGAGCAAAAGAAAAAACUGCAAGAGGGCGACUCUGGUGCUGCGGGUAUCAUCCUUGGGCCGUUAUUGGGACCUGCAAUAAAAGGUGAUAGUGGUGCAGCUCCUCCAAAGCCAGCUGGUUUUGAGAUUCCGAGUAACUUUGAAAAUGUUGGCCUCGAAUUGGACGUUCCUGUUGGAUUCAAGCGUCUUCGAUGGGCACUGAUGUCGAGCACUUCAACCUUUAUGGAAGAAGCAGUCUUUCGAACAGAGUCAAAGUAUGAGAACAUUACAUUUGGUACUUGGUCGAAACAUGACGACGCUAUUGGACUUCCAACUCCUCCAAAGGAAGUGUCCGAAAGUGAUUUCAUUGGGGCUGAAAAGGAGUUUAGCUAUUUGAUGCCCAAAUCAGCAUUCGUCAAAGCAAAUAUGGCCUACGAAACGGCAUAUAUUGAAGCGUACAAUGAUUAUUGUUUCUGUCUGAAAAAGAAAGCAUUGACGCCAGAAGUGCCAUAUGGUUCCAGUUUUGUUGCAUGGACCAAGAUUAUCGUUAUCAACAAUGGCAACGGUAGCUCCAGACUUAUUUGUUCUGUCGAACCCGAGUUCCCCAAUGGCCCACCCUUGAUCGCCCGGCAGAUUCAAAGUGGUAUGAAAGCGGGAGUAGGCGAACUUUUUGUCAAAAUUGCAGAGACCAUUACCAAGUAUGCCGAGCAGUUUCCAUAG